CAAAACCAUGGUUCGAUUCAAGAAUCGCUGGGUGCUCAUUGAGAUUCUGGGCGGACCGGUGACCAGCAAGUCCGGAGAAGAAUAUGAGAAUCACCACAUUAAUUCAAUAACAGCUGGAAUGUUACAUAACACGUUGAAAGACGCCAUUGCUGCAAACUAUGGGGAAUACGGCCUAGGUUGCGUGCAAAGCUCGUUAAACGUUAAAUACUUUUCCAAUCAUACCAACAUAGGCAUACUCCGAGUGUCGCGAGACUAUCACCAAAUGCUACUUGUCAGUCUCUUCUUCAUAAAGGAGAUCAAUGGUUCACCUUGCUACAUCACAGUGAGGCACAUAGGAGGAACUAUCUUAAAGGCACAGCGUGCAGCUAUUCAGUAUGAUCUGGAAACCUUACUGCGACGUCAACAGCAAGGCAAUUCAUCGCUGGACGUAGAUAGGCUGUCUCGAAAUGCGAAAGAGGAGAUCAUGAAAAUCGAAUCAUGACACCACCACAAGAACAUGUUAGUUCAAACAGAUAGAUUGAUAUUCCUAUUUAAUUAGGCAAGGACAUGACAAU